GAUUUACCAGGAGUUUACACAGUAGAUCAAUCCGUGUGGGGGCCACUGAAGUCAUCUGUCAUGACUCAUGCCUCUGCCAGCACUGAUCAGGAGCCAGCCACGGAGUCAGAGAGAGGCCACGCCUACUGACCUCACAGGAGGUCAGCCUCUCGCUGAUGGAGGCUAUUUGAGACAAACGCUGGGCACAACAGUCUCUUUUCCUCAGGAUCCCACUGAAGAGCACGGCCAGGCAUCUGAGGGGCUGCUGUGUGAGGGUGUGAUGCUGCAGCUAGCAUGCGGGACCAGGGACAACAGCAACAACAACAACAGGUGAAACUACAGGUCUCAGCAAGCCGUUCAUUAUGCUGGAAUCACUAAGGAAGACUCCUGGAGUUGAAACGCAUUGGUAGUUUGAGGAGCUGUCUUUUGGCCUUGCAGGACCUGACUUUCUAACAUCUGGCUACCAAGAGAGAGAAAGUAAAGCGGCUUAAACACUGAUGGAUGUUAAAGGAAUACAUUUUUUUUAAUGAGAUCACAUGGAAGCUGAAAAGGAAGAGUAUUCUCAGCUGGAAGGAGAGAUGGUGAACACACAAUCUGGUUUUUUAUCCAGCCAGAAUUUAGUGGAUUCAUUGAUAAUGCAGGAUCAAUCGAACAUGACUUUUACAUCAGGAUCUCUGGAUAGUGACUGUUCUCCCAUAAACCAAUCAGAGGAGAGGAUACAGGAUCAAACAGGUUCCAUGACAGCUGGUUUGUCAAUGGACAGCUAUGGUGGACAUACACAUGAUUCUGAAAGAAAAAGCUCAGAUUCAUCAAUGAGUCCUGACCUUUCUUUAUCACCCCAAGACCACAUUCCUAUGAGAUUCCCAGACAAAGCUUCUCCAAGUGAGGAAUACAGAAGAUACAGUUGUGACAAUGCUGCAGAAAGUAGUUAUGGAAAAUUCAUCAAAGGAAAAAACCAGUUCCACCCUUACAAAAGGCAAUUCAGUGACGUUUUUCCUGAUACACUCCAGUCUCUAUCUCUUGGAGAGAAACCUUUCAAAGGUAUGGAUGGGAUAGACAGCUUUGAAGAUGUAUGUGGACCUUCCUGCCCUGAAGAAGCUGAAUCUUUUGCCACACAUAUUCCUGGUAUAACAACUGAGACGGCAUGGUGUAAUUCUAUACAAUACACCAGCAGCCAUGAUGAAGGAUCACAGAUGAUGUUGGGGUCAGAAGUAAAGCUGAAGCCCCAAUCAUUGGUAAUGCGACAACAAGAAAAGGAGCAAAGGAUGUACUGGUCUCAGUCACCCACACAGCAGAUCUACUGUGCCCCGCAGACAUUUCCUCAGUAUUCCACAGGAACGAGCUACCCUGUUACAUACAUUUCUACAUCACAUUAUCCUUACCAAAGGAUUGCCCCACAAGCGGGCAUGGAGUCCCAGCAACCUCUCUUCCCAAAACCCAUCUAUUCCUACAGCAUUCUGAUCUUCAUGGCCCUGAAGAACAGUAAAACUGGAAGUCUUCCUGUGAGCGAAAUCUACAACUUUAUGACUGAGCACUUUCCUUAUUUCAAGACUGCUCCAGAUGGGUGGAAGAACUCUGUGCGCCACAACCUGUCCCUGAACAAGUGUUUUGAGAAAGUGGAAAACAAAUCUGGAAGUUCUUCCCGAAAAGGGUGUUUGUGGGCACUGAACCCAGCCAAGAUUGACAAGAUGCAAGAAGAACUGCAGAAAUGGAAACGGAAAGACCCAGUGACUGUGAGGAAAAGCAUGGCAAAGCCAGAGGAUCUGGAUAAGCUGAUAGGAGAGAGAACGGAGAAACUGAGGUCCUCCCUCCUGGCGUGUAAUACCUCUGGACUCAUGAACUCAUCUCCUGCAAUGCAGCUGUCCAUUCAGACACAUGAACAGAAUAUAUCUCCCCCCAUGCCUGCGUCUCUACAAUCCAUGCAUGAUGUCUCUGAAUCCAUACAUGCCAAAAAACAGCCGCUGUGUUAUACAUCACUCCCGCAUGGCUUCCCGCAGAUCUCACCAGCAAUGAUACAACAGUCCCAUGGCAUGCCACAAAACCAUUAUCCUUCAGCAGAAAACCAAAGUGAACUGAAUACACAACCCAUUAAUCCCCAGGACUCUCCGAUACCAGCCCACACUCCUCCACUUCACAGCAUGAAGAUGAUAACAGAGCACUCCCCAACCAGGACAAUGCAAGACCACCUGAUAGGAGAGUUGAGCAAUGAUAUUGAUGCCCUCAAUCCCUCCCUUACAGACUUUGAACUACAAGGGCACCUGUGGGAGGAGCUUAAGGAUGACAGUCUGGCACUGGAUCCCAUAAAUCUUAUAUCUUCAUCACUAACUCCGCCUCCACCACAUUACUUCCUGCACAAUGCAAACUGUGUCAGCAACAAUACUGAGAUUAGUUCACCGGGCAGUAACUCACAUAUGGGAUUAGGUGACAUCCAUCUCACCACUGUGUAUUCCUCAUUUAUGGAGCUGGACACAGCCAUGCCUUCAUACAUCAGUAACUCUGGAUCCAAGCAUGCCGCCAUUGUUUAAAGAUGUUACAUUCAAAACUGCCUCUAUAGACUGUACCUUUACUAGUAGGAGGAUUCAGCACAACCUCUUUCAUUAAACUAUAUAUAGCACAGACGAAUAAUGAAAGGACGAUUGAUGAAACCGAUAUUAGUUCAGUCUUCGAUUAUACAGAAGAUGAAGCGUAUGCUUUUAGGGGCAUUGCUGUAUAACCUUGCCCUGGUUGUAUGAUACAAUCCUGCACAAAGCAAUAAAAUAUAUAUUAGAUUGCACAGGCAAUGGAAAAUAGUAAAUGUAAAUUUUAAGGAAAAUUAAAACAGAGUUUGUAUUUUUCUGUUAAUCUAAAAGAUUUAAUUUAACUAUUGUAUAUAUAGAUCUUUAAUUCCACGCAACUAGAUAUUUUUAAUAUUAAUUUCUGUUGUCGCCCCAACUCGUUAUGUCAUAGCACUAUUUUAAGUGCCUAACACAGUGUUAUGAACAUAGAUAUUUUGUAAAAAGCCCAAUGGAGUCCUUUCUAAUAAAAUGUUGUUGAUGUUACUAUUUCAAUUUUAAGAGAUUUACAUCAUAGUAACAUAAAUUUUCAGCGCGCUUCUAGAGCUUUUUUUUCUGGAUCACAGAAAUGGAUUAUGUAAUAGAUUAUUUCUUGUUACUCCAUGCUUGGGUGGUUACUCCACAUGCAACUGUAUAUGCCGGGGCCAGAAGCCUAAAAUCCCUGGUGCUUCAUAAAGAUUUGGGGAAACUGGAGAACAAAAUAAACUUUUAUUUUAAAGACUCAUUUCACUCUUACAUAUUGCAAGGAUGACGUGACACUCCAAGCUGCUGGCUGAUGUCACAAAAGAAAAAGAAAUGAAAAUUUCACAGUCCUGACAUACGCAAAAGUCAUUCAAGGAACUCAGAGACAUUUCAGUCCUGUUCAGAUGCAUUUUCUUACAGCUUGUAUAAGAAUAUAUGUGGAUAUGCAUGCAAUUCAUUAAGCAGGUGUCACUUUCCUUUCAGCUGGGCACCCCUUGCUUCUGGUGGAAUGCCUCAUUGCACUUUUAUUACAUAAAUAGUCAUUAUUUCACCUAAAGUUGUCUUUCUUGUGGGGUUUUGCCUGUCCUCGGAAGAUGGCGGUGUGUCAUUAUUAUUAUCAUUGUAAUUUGUUUGUUUAUCCAGUAUUAAAUGACCAAAAUAUAUUUCACAUUAUGAAUAAUGUAUGGGAUACCACACGGCUUUACCAUCCAAGCUAUUAUCCUGUUGGAACUUGUAAAGCAAAAAAAAAAAACCUCUAGUUUUCAUUCAGGAAUUCUUCCAUCAAAACGUGAUAUAAUCCUUUUUACGUGUAAACUUGCCCUGAAUUAAUAUAGUGUAAUCCAGUUCCAUUUGCACAUAACUUUGACUAAA